AUGGUUCAGGAAGGGUUCAGUGAGCGACGAGGUGCCCGACCUCAAACUCCUGACAUCGCCAGGGUAGCGAUUGUUCUCACUGACGGUCGUUCUCAAGACAAUGUGACUGGACCUGCUGAGUCGGCUAGGAAGUUGAACAUCAACACGUUCUCCAUCGGUGUCACCGAUCACGUACUGGCCAGUGAGCUUGAAGCCAUUGCGGGAUCACCUACUCGAUGGUUCUACGUCGACAAGUUCAAGGUGAGCGCUGUGGGAUUUGUUUCUCCAGAUAUCUUCCUUCCUCGAAGGUUGAGAGAGUAG